AACGCUCAUAUGCCCAGAGCCACACGACAAAUGUCUAUUCACUGUCACUUCAUUUUUUUUUUGAAUUUCAAAAUUCCUAACGUCUAGAUUCACCCAUGAUAUACCAAAGCAUUAUGCAGUGGUUCAGUUCUUAUUUCAAUCGAUCAUCAUGGAUCUGGGUUGCGUUUCUGUGGAAGACAAGCCCUGAAAUGAAUCAUCUCCUGCCUUGGGUGUUGAUUAUUGAGAACCUGGAAAACAAUUCGAGCGAGGCAGUGACGGCGACUCUAAAGUUUGGCAAGGUAUCUCAGUUUGGAAGAAAAAUUGCUCUUGGCUUAACUCAAGGAUUUAAAAUGAACAAGAAAUUCGUUGAUGCCUUCAUCAUCAGCAAAGCUCCUGAGUGGGUUUCUUGUGGCAGACUUAUUCCAGCUCAGCACAUUAUUUAUCUCCAUUAUCAUAACAGAAGACCUACGCGAUUGUCUUUCUCUCUGCAAUUUUCUGAUAUUUGUGUUGAACCCAUUAUUAAGCAAAUCAACCAUUGGAGAGCCAAAAUUAUUAGCAGGGAUUUUGAGGCUUAUCCAAAAAAUAUGGGUUAUCUCAUUGCUGCAUAUUCUUGUCAUCAAAUUUUCUGUAGCAAGAAGUUGGAUCCUCUUCCAACCAAGUCUAUUACUGGAGAAGUCAAGCUUCUUGAGGAACAUCGUAAGGAUUACACUCUACCUUAAACAUAUUCCUUUUGUUGGCCUACCGACAAGAAUAUUAUCCAGUCAAGCAGUUUCAGCACCAAAAGCAGCAAGCAUGUGACUAUACAUUCCAAAGCAGUCUGUCAGUCGUCUUCUCAGCCAAAAGUAAGAUUCUCGGUGAAAAUGUCAAAAAUGCUACAGUAGCAUCUUUUACUGUUCACUAUUC